GCAAACUCUGUGGCCGUCUACUAGGCGCGCAGAUGCGAAAGUUCUCGCGGUGGCGGAAGUCCAGGGCACGUGACCGGGUGACAGCGCUCUCUGGACUACAGGGCUUGCUUUAGGUGUUGCGGCACGGGAUGGCGGAGGCGCCUCCUGUCUCAGAUACUUUAAAAUUCAAUACGGAUGCUGCUGAAUUCAUUCCUCGGGAGAGAAAAAAUUCUGCUCUAAAUUGUGGGAAUCAAAGGAGACUAGAUUCUAAUCGGAUUGGUAGAAGAAAUUACAGUUCACCACCUCUGUGUCACGUUUCCAGGCAAGUCCUUUAUGAUGACAUCUCUACUGUUUAUCAGCACAGUUAUCAUCCUUCAGGAAGCAAACCUAAGAGUCAGCAGACUUCUUUCCAAUCUUCUGCUUCUAAUAAAUCAUUCAAGAGCCUUCAGAAUCAACCUGGACAGAAACUGAGGAGUGAAAAACAGCAUAUCAGAGUCAAGAGAGUACAAAGUCUCACUGACCAGACCUCAGAUGCAGCUGGCUUAGAAAGCAGGGCCAGGUCAGAGAGUGGGACAAACCCUAGAGAGCACAGCCCUGCUGAAAGUGAGAAGGAAAUUGUCGGUGCAGAUCCCAGGGGAGCAAAACCCAAAAAAACAACCCAGUUUGUAUACAGCUAUGGUAGAGGACCAAAAAUCAAGGGGAAACUCAAAUGUGAGUGGGGAAACAGAAUGACUCCCAAACCUGAGGAUGCCGGACCUGAAAAUACCAAACCUGUGGGGGUUAUCCACCCUGACUCUUCAGACACAUCCUUUAGAAAAGGAGUAUUGGAUGGGUCUGGGGCCAAACGCAACGAGCAGAGAAGACACUCACAGAAAAGGCCUCCCUGGGAAGUGGAGGGGGCCAGGCCACGACCAGGCAGGAAUCUACCAAAACAGGAGGGCCAACGACAUACAAAUGCAGGACCCAGGAACAACAUGGUCCCCAUUCCAAAGGAUAAUCUUAAUGAAAGACCAGCAAAAUCCGUCUGUGACAAUGGGAACUUGGCAGUCAUCAACAAGUCUUCCAGAAGGGUUACUCCAGAGAAAUGUGCCAUAAGGAGGCAGGACCCUCAAGUACCAUCUUUCCCCCGAGGCAAACAGAACCCUGUGCUAAAGAAUGUGGAAACGCAUACAGGUUCUCUAGUUGAACAGCUAACUACAGAAAAAUAUGAGUGCAUGGUAUGUUGUGAAUUGGUUCGCGUCACGGCUCCAGUGUGGAGUUGUCAGAGCUGUUACCAUGUGUUUCAUUUGAACUGCAUAAAGAAAUGGGCAAGGUCUCCGGCAUCUCAAGCAGAUGGCCAGAGUGGUUGGAGGUGCCCUGCCUGUCAGAAUGUUUCUGCACACGUUCCUAAUACCUACACUUGUUUCUGUGGUAAAGUAAAGAAUCCUGAAUGGAGCAGAAAUGAAAUUCCUCAUAGUUGUGGUGAGGUUUGUAGAAAGAAACAGCCUGGCCAGGACUGCCCACAUUCCUGUAAUCUUCUCUGCCAUCCUGGACCUUGCCCACCCUGCCCUGCCUUUAUGACUAAAACGUGUGAGUGUGGACGGACCAGGCACACAGUUCGCUGUGGUCAGGCUGUCUCAGUCCACUGUUCUAACCCAUGUGAGAAUGUUUUGAAUUGUGGUCAGCACCACUGUGCUGAGCUGUGCCAUGGGGGUCAGUGCCAGCCUUGCCGGGUCAUAUUGAAUCAGGUAUGCUACUGUGGCAGCACCUCCCGAGAUGUGUUAUGUGGAACAGAUGUAGGAAAGUCUGAUGGAUUUGGGGAUUUUGGCUGCUUAAAGAUAUGUGGCAAGGACUUGAAAUGUGGGAACCAUACGUGUUCUCAGGUGUGCCACCCUCAGCCCUGCCAACCAUGCCCACGGCUCCCUCAGCUAGUACGCUGUUGCCCUUGUGGGCAGACUCCUCUCAGCCAGUUGCUAGAACUUGGAAGUAAUGGCCGGAAAACGUGCAUGGAUCCUGUCCCUUCAUGUGGAAAAGUGUGCGGCAAGCCUCUGCCUUGUGGUUCCUUAGAUUUCAUUCAUACCUGUGAAAAGCUCUGCCAUGAAGGAGACUGUGGACCAUGCUCUCGCACAUCAGUUAUUUCCUGCAGAUGCUCUUUCAGAACAAAGGAGCUUCCAUGUACCAGUCUCAAAAGUGAAGCAGAUGCUACAUUUAUGUGUGACAAGCGGUGUAACAAGAAACGGUUAUGUGGACGGCAUAAAUGUAAUGAGAUAUGCUGUGUGGAUAAGGAGCACAAGUGUCCUUUGAUUUGUGGAAGGAAACUCCGUUGUGGCCUUCAUAGAUGUGAAGAACCUUGUCAUCGUGGAAACUGCCAGACAUGCUGGCAAGCCAGUUUUGAUGAAUUAACCUGCCACUGUGGCGCCUCAGUGAUCUACCCUCCAGUUCCCUGUGGUACCAGGCCCCCUGAGUGUACCCAGACGUGCGCCAGAAUCCAUGAAUGUGAUCACCCAGUAUAUCAUUCUUGUCACAGCGAAGAAAAGUGUCCCCCUUGUACUUUCCUAACUCAGAAAUGGUGCAUGGGCAAACAUGAGUUACGAAGCAACAUCCCGUGUCACCUGGUUGAUAUCUCUUGCGGAUUACCCUGCAGUGCAGCGCUACCAUGCGGGAUGCAUAAGUGUCAGAGACUCUGUCACAAAGGAGAGUGUCUUGUGGAUGAGGCCUGCAAGCAGCCCUGCAUCACCCCCAGAGCUGACUGUGGCCACCCAUGUAUGGCGCCCUGCCACCUCAGUGCACCCUGCCCCGUGACUGCUUGCAAAGCCAAGAUCGAGCUGCAGUGUGAAUGUGGACGAAGAAAAGAGAUCAUGGUUUGCUCUGAAGCAUCCAGUACUUAUCAAAGAAUAGCUGCCAUUUCCAUGGCCUCUAAAGUAACAGACAUGCAGCUUGGAGAUUCAGUGGAGAUCAGCAAGUUGAUCACUAAGAAAGAAAUUAAUCAAGUCAGGCUGGAGUGUGAUGAGGAGUGUUCAGCCUUGGAAAGAAAGAAGCGGUUAGCAGAGGCAUUUUGUAUCAGUGAUGAUUCUGAUCCUUUCAAUGUACGUUCUUCAGUGUCAAAAUUCAGUGACAAUUUGAAAGAAGAUGCCAGGAAGGACUUAAAGUUUGUCAGUGAUGUUGAGAAGGAAAUGGAAGCCCUUGUGGAAGCUGUGAAUAAGGGAAAGAAUAGCAAGAAGAGCCACUUCUUCCCUCCCAUGAACAGAGACCACCGCCGGAUCAUCCACGACCUGGCCCAAGUCUACGGCCUGGAGAGCUUGAGCUAUGACAGUGAACCGAAGCGCAACGUCGUGGUCACUGCAGUCAGAGGGAAGUCUGUUUGUCCUCCUACCACACUGACAAGUGUACUUGAAAAGGAAAUGCAGUCACGGCCUCCACCACCAAUUGCUCAUCACAGACAUCAGACAGACAAGAAUCCUGGGAGCAGUAAUUUACAGAAAAUAACCAAGGAGCCGGUAAUUGACUACUUUGAUGUCCAGGACUGAGAAGCUCAAGAUGCACUUGGAUGAAAGAAUGAUUAGGUGGGGUGGAGACUCAUUUGCCAGCAGAUAAAUCAUGCUUGUUCCCAACUGCCUGGUGGAACAUACUGUCUUUUACCGAUGCAUCCAAAGCAUGAGUGUGUGAGAAAUCCCCUGUCUUCUAAUCCGUCUGUAUGAAGUGUCUCAGUACAGCCAGAUCUUGACUGCAUGGACACUAGGGAUUCGGUCAUGUGUUUGCAGAUGCUCCUCACACCUUCGCUGUGAUUGCUCGGAGGGUUAGGGGAACAUUGGGCUUGAUUUGGACAAACCAGAAUUUUAGCCUGAACCCAGCUUAAUAGCACUUAUUAUGCCUCAGUUGUCCCCGUUACCCAUCCUCCUGAAAAUGCCUGCAACAUCAGAUGCAUCUUGCUUUCUUAAUCCAGACUGAGCGCGAUCUUUGGAAAGAUACAAGCGAACUUCUCAGUCCAAAAUACCAAAUGUUGAAUUGCUACCCCAUAUCCUGAAUCACGCGUUGUGUUAAACCCAACUAUCUUAUCUGAGUCUUUUGUCAAGAACUCUCAUAGGUCUAUCUAGCUGAACUUAUUUUAGUGGUUCUCAGUACCAUUAGUUCUAGACCUAGCAGAGGGGUCUUGUGGCUUUACAGUACUCCAUUUGCUGGAGUCCAGGGGGGCGCCUCAUACCACACCGCUGAGACUGCCUGGUGACAGUCACUUUAGCUCUCCACCGUGAUGGCAGAGGACAUAGAGAAAACUCCUCCUGCUAGAUUCACACUGUAGCCUCGGUAAAUGACCAUUGUAGCCUCAAUGCCUCGUCUUUGGUUGAGAAAGAGUCUCAAGUAGACUUACCUUUCCUGUGUUGCUUUGUCCCAGGCCUGCAGCAGCCAUAUUGGCUCUCCCUGUCUCUGAGCGCUGGACUGUGUUUGAAUAUUCAAAAAAGUAUAUGGAAAGCCCAGGGCUUAUCCCAGAAGCCCACUGGAGGCAUUCUUCAGGCUCCUGUAAGUCAGGUACAUCAACAGUGACAUUAGUUUGGCUCUCUGUAUUGGCACCCCUCUAGCACGGAGACCAGACUUCCAACAACUUCUUUUUCCUCUAGAACAAGUCACAAGCCCCAGAGCAACAGAAGGAGAUUUGAGAAAUGACAUCACAAAACCAGCACUUAAUUUUCACAGAAAGAGCAGGGCCAUUCUUUGGUCCUAACCCAGACAAUCUGUCUUGAAACGCAGCCGGUACAGCAGUGGGAACAGGUGACUGGAGGGAAGACAUGAAGAAGCACAAAACCACCUUAUCUGGGCCCAUUUGGCACAGAGUUAGUAGCCCCACAUCCAAUAGGAAGCCCACAAGCAUCUGUGACAUUUUUUGAGCAGUGAGUUUAGUGGGUGAACUGUCCAUUGAGAGCUUGAGAGCAUCUCAGUCAGCAGGAGGCAGGAGAUCUGAUUUCAGAUUCCAGCUCUGCCACAUUGCAACUUGUUGCUUGGUGGAAUAGAGGCAUCACCUACCUCACCAGAGUUGUUGUGAUGAUCAAAUGAGAUAACACACGUAGAGGUGCCUGAUCUAUCCUAGGUUUAUAAAAAUUAUAAAAUUGCUAAAAGUUUAUAAAAAUUAUACUUGAUAUCUAGAAAAUAUGUAAGCAUCUUUUUCCAUAAUACUAGCUAAUUAAAAGGUUAGCGUGCUAAGCAGGCCUCUUCAGGUGAAUGUUGGUGUGCCCACCUUAUGCUGGAGCUGUGGGAGGCAGGUGUGGCCUGCUCUUUACUUAGUAAUCCAGUAGGGGCCCCAUACUUGAAUAUGUGUAAUGGAAUUGGGUGGUCUGGCACAAAUAGGUCACAAGUCUGUUACUAAAAGCUGAAGAGGCAUAUGAGGAGUUUUUCGUGUGGAGGUAGGACUGGGUUAGCUCGUGCUUGGGGGAAGAACCCUUGGGUGGAAAAGGGAAACAGGAGGAAGCAUGGGAGCUGAGUCUAGAGAUGGCAGACUGCCACUGGGCCACUGGGAGGAGAGGCAUGCCCAGUGAAGGUGAAGGGUAUGAGACAAGCAGGGGUGUGGUUUGUAGUGGGUUUGAGGAAGGGAUCGUUGUCCAGCGUGGGCAGACAGCUGGACGGACAGGUGAUGAAGCUGGAGGGGUAGACAGGUCAACGUACGGAGAGCCCUGGGGAGCCACUGACGGGUCUUAAGCACACAGUGGCUUGGCUGGAUUUAUGAUCUAGAGCGGGAAUCGGCACACGUUUUCUGUAAAGGACCAGACAGUAAAUGUUUCAGGCUGUGUGAGCCUGAGAGUUUCUGUUGCAGCCACUCAGCUCCACCAUUAUAGUGUGAAAACAGCCACAGACAAUACACAAGUGAGAGAGCAGGACUCUGUUCUAAUUAUAUUAUAGACACUGGAAUCAGAAUUUCAUGUAAUUUUCACAUGUCACCAAAUAAUAUUUUUAUUUUGUCCAACCAUUUCAAAAUGUGAAAACCAUUCUUAGCUCAUGGGUUGCACAAAAACACCAGCAGGCUGAAUGUGGCCAUGGACCUUAGUUUGCCCAGGGAUUGGAGGACUCACUUUGAGGUCUGAGGCCCAGCUAAGAGCUGCAAGAGUAAUCCAAGUGAGGAUGAAGGUGGUGGGAGUUGGUGCUGCAAAGAGGGAAGAGAUUCAGGAAAUCCAGGACAUAGGAUAGGAUGCCAGGGGUCAGCAGAGAGCUAGCCCGCCUCCAAUCACCAAAGGGACCCCAGACCCUCAGCAAAAGGAAGCUGCUUCUCACGGGUUGGUGAAUUCUCCCAUGAGCAGUGGCCUUGAACAAGGCUGCAUGAAUGUGGGCUAAAGAGAAAGAUACCCCUGCCCCUCCACCCCAUACAUGGAGGGAGCCUGUGGGCACCAGGACCCCACACUUUCUCCUUGAGAAUCAGGUGUACCUUCCCUCCCCUUCCAGCUCCACAUUCUUCAGUAGACAUUUCUUUAUGGGGCCAGAGCUUUCUAGAGACGAAGUUCUUACCUCUGGAAUUCCCUCUGGCAGAGCGGGCUCCUCUAGAGUGCUGCCAGCCUGGCGUGCAGUGGAGGGAUGUGCAGGACUGCAGAUGAAAGCAGGCCAUCUGAUUGCAGGGUCUGUGUGAGGCAGCUCUGGGUCAUGUCCUGGACAGGUCCUUCGCCAGAGACGAGGGUGGGGGGUGCAGUCCCCAACAGUGAGUCCUGGCAUUUAGGUUUGGGGAGUCUUUUCCGCAUGGUUCCAGCCUUCUUGCUUCAUGCCUGAAAGCCUGGAGACUUUGUUCUCUAAGGAGAACCUGCUGCUAUGCCACCUCUUCCAACAUUGGGGAGGGAGUGCCAGGCCAGAGCUCCUUCACCUUCUCAGACCUGCUUUCCUCAUCAGUUCCUUCACGUGCCCUGCCACACUCAUCAGGCAAGUUCUGCCUCCCAAAUGCCCAUAUGGCCUCAGCACAAAUGUCCCAUACCAUCUCCCAUGGACUUAUUUUUUUCCCGUGGCCCUUUGGAGCUCACAAUUCCCCAGGGCGUCCUCUAAGCCCUUCCAACCCCAGUCUACAAAGGCCCAGCGGGAAGAAACAAGGCUCCAUGAGGUCCCACUCAGUGUGUGCCAAGCCAGGACUGGAAUGCAGGCCUUGGGUUUCCCAACAUAGAGCUGCCUCAGCCAGGACAAGGUGCACUGUUUUCCCCAGACAAUCCCUGGGCUUCCUUCCCAGUGGCCCAGGCUGCCCUCACCCCAGGCUUCGUGCUGCACAGCCUCCUCGGACCUGGGUGCAGAGAACCCAGCUGAACUGCUAGGACGCCUGAUUGGCUGCCUCAGCUCACUGUGACCCUGAGCAGCAGCAGCUCACACAGCUCAUCCAGAAGUCCCUGGACCUGUGUAGCCCAGGAGGUCAGGACAAACGGGAGGAAAGUUUAUACAAAGUGCCAGUGCCGAGAAUACCAGCAACCCGCAAAGAUUGGAGGGCUUUCCUCCAGUGGCCACGAGGAGGCAGUAUGUAUCCUCAAGUCAAGCCUGGGGAUGGGGUGGAGGAGUGUUCAUACUUUGCCUUGGGAAAGCUCUUUAUUUAAAACUUUAGAAGAUUUUAUAACCAAUAUCUUUUAAAUGUAUCACCCUUUAAUUUCUUUUUUUUUAAAUACUGUUUUUCUCUCCUUUUUGAUACAGUAUAAGCACAGGGGGUAAAAACAUAAGCCAUGCAGAUAUCUGAAGGAAGAACAUCCCAGGCAGAAGGAACAGCCAUGGCAAAGGCACUUUGAAGGAACAGCAAAGCCAUCAGGCUGUAGGGAACUGAAUAAGGGAGAGUAGGGGGCUUUGAGACCAUUGGAAGGCUUAGGGCAAAGGAGUGAAUGAUAAGCUCUAGCUCAUUUUCUGAAAGGAGCGCUCCAGCUACUGUGUUGAGACUAGACUGUAGGACUGAGUUAGAGCAAGGGGAGAGGGCUGGGAGCCCAGUCCGAAAACCACUGCCAUGAUCUGAGAGACGACGAUGAUUCAAAUGUGGGGUGGUGAGACGUGGCUGGAUUCUAGAUACAUUUUGCAGAUAAUACCUAGAGGAUUUGCUGACAGCUGCAAUGUGGGGUGUGAGAGAGAUUGGAGUCAGGGAUGACUUCAGACUUUUUGGCCUGAGCAAUGGGGAGAUGGGCAUUUACUGAGAGAUAGGAAAGUGUGUGGGAAGAGCAGGCUUGGAGGAUGAAAAUCUGUCCAGUAGGCAGUUGUACAUGGGGGCUGGAGAUCUAAUUUGGGGAGCUGUUGGUAUAUAAUGGUAUUUAAAAGUUGGUGAGAUCAUGUGGUGGGGGGUGGGGGUGAAAGAAGUCUGGGGACUGUGCCCUGGGCAUCAUCAUCUGGAAGGCAGGGAGCUGAGGACAGGGCAGGAGUCAAGAGAUUUCCAGAAUCAGCGCUGGGGACUGAAGCUGCAGGGAAGUCCUGUAGGGGGAGAGUCUCUGGGGUUUUCCUAAGAGAGUGUGGGUUUCUCUUACUUGUCCUGACCCAUUUGAGCCUCACGAGACCCAAGGGCACAAAUCAGUUAAGGCCCCAGGGUAUUCAGGCUCCAGGGCCCGGGGAGAUCGCGGCUCUUAGCUGUCCCCUUCCCUUUAAACGUGGGUGCCCCACAGGGCUCCAUCAUCUUCCCUGAGCCACCACAUCCAUCUGCAAGCCUUCAAAUGCCACCCUGGGCUUAAAAGCUCUAUCUCUAGCCCAGGCCCAUGUCUUUCCUGAAUAUCCCACAAGCCACUCCGAUUCAGCGUGUCCGACCUCCAAACUGUCCCCUGGUGUGUCCACCACCUGUCCAGUCUCCCCAGCCCUAGCAUCGGGACUCCCUUAGGAGUUCAUCUUCUCUCUAAUGUCCCUUCACUUGGGGCCAGCAGCCAGGACACAGGUAGGGGAAUGUGAGCAUGGAGGGGGCAGGAGCACAUUCUUGCUGGUGCAAGCAGGGCUGUUUUCGGGGUCUCUUGUGACCCCGUCGUAGGAAUCCUCAGCCUGCAUGGGUGUGGUAGGGUCCCUGGAGGACUCAAGGGCUCAACCUUAGAUUUAUUGGCCUCAUCUGAAUGCCUGGGUACACCUGGCUCUGAGCAGUGUUGUCUGUCAGCCUCUGAGACAGCCUCUGAGCCCCCAGGCCCUCUCACCCUUGGCUUCUGAGCACAGACAAGAGGGGAGACCAUGAGCCUGGCAAACUCCACCUGCCCUUGCUCCAUCACCGUGGAAUGCUAAUGGCAAAACCUGAAGUACCUCGCUGCUCUGAGCUGCUUUAUCCCCACUUUACAGAUGAGGAAACUGACGCCCAAGAGGUUCAAUAUCCUGCCAAAGCUUGAUAGGGGGCAUUUGAAUGGGGGGGUUUGCUCAUUUGUGGGGUUUGUUUUUUGAGUAUUUUAUUGUUAUUUAGCUAUUACUGGUAUGGAAUAUAUACAUUUACAGAAUAUAUUUCACAAUUUAAAAACCAAACAAAACUAGGCGAGGUCAUAUUGGAACGACUGAAUCCCUACUCUCUACCCCUUACUGAGUCAAUCUUCCCAGGCCUCAGUUUCCUUGGAUGUAAGGUGGGCGUGAUGAUGCGAAGACCACGAGAGGGUGUAAAUAACAACAGCAAACACACGCCCUUCAUGCCCGGCAUCCAGCGUUUCAUCAUCCAGCAGCCCUUUGAGGUGGGAGCUAUAAUUGUCCUGUCUUACCUGAGGUCAUACAGCAAGUACGUGGCAGAGCUGGUGUUUGGAUCCAGGCAGGCUAGCCUCCAUCUGUGCUCUUAGUGCCAUAGUGUGGUCCCUGCAGUGCACAGGGUGAUGGAUCACGCCUGUUCCCAUUCAAGUCAGCACAGAGCAGGUGUGGAGCCAAAGUCAGGUUACAGGCUCUGAGUGGCCACAGCCUGCUUCCACCGAAGGUGCCAGCACUGCGAUGGCUACUCCCCCCUCCUCCAGGGCUGCAGGACCCUAUCUGAGGGAGGAGUGCCUGUGGGUGCCUGUCCCUUGGAGUUGGAUGGGAGAGCAGUCCGAACAGGGAAUAAGGGGCUCUUCCCACAGCCAAAACUAUCAGGCUGAGGCAAAGUCCUGAGGAGCCUGGCCUGGGACUGGGAGUCAUUCCUGCCCCACCCAUCCCCUUCCACAGCCUUAGCUGGGGCAGGGCGUGGCGUUGGUAGGAAAGGGGGUUCAUGACAUGGGGCUUCAAUGUGCUGGAAGAGGUUAGAGUUGGGGGCUCCUCAGACACCAACAGAUCCAAACUUCAUGGUACAGAUAGGGAAACAGGCCCAGAGAAGGGAGGGAGGGGUCCUUUGCGGGUCACACAGCCACUUGUGCUGGGCCUGGGACUGAGCAAAUGAGAGAGGAGCCAAGGCUCCCAUGGCUCCAUUCCCAGCCUGACUCCCAGAGCUGCACAGGUGUGUCACUUGAGUCCAGCCAGAGAAUGGUUCCAAGGACUGUGUGUGUGUGUGUGUGAGAGAAAGAGAGAGAGAGAGAGAGAGAGAGAGAACCCACAAGGCACCAUGAUGCCUGCCCCACCCCAUCCUGCCUGCUUCCUUCCUUCCUGCAAUGAGACCUUCCCCUCUCCUCCAGAAACCUCCCUCACCUCUGCCCCAAGCCUUGGCCUCACCUCUCCCCUAGGCCUGGCUUCAGUUCACCCUAUCCCUUUCUCUCACCUUGUUUUCUUCCAUACUCGUCACUCUUUUUCCAUUCCAUCAGUGGUCCCCUCAUGUUCCCACCUCAGGACCUUUGCACUGGCUGUGUCCUCAGCCUGGCAUGCUUUUCCCCCAGGUGUCUACCUGGCUCAUUCCCUCACCCCCUUCAGGUCUUUAUUCAGUCACCUCAGUGAGGCCUCCAUCCUCACAUGCCACACACUUCCUACCCGCCUUUCCUGCGUUUCCUCCUUAGCAUGUGUCAUUAACACACCACAUGUUUUGCACAGAAUGUCAGUUCCAUGACAACAAGGACUUUCGUAUGUCUUCUUUGUGCCUGUAUCCUCGGCACUGGAAUGGUGACUGGCAUGUUGUAGGCUUUCAGCCACCCUCUGCCAAGAGAAUGAAAGGGGUCUGUGCACAGAAAUGCUCUGUGACCGGGGUCAGGGAUCAUCUGAGCCUAGUACAGGUCUGUGGCAGAGCAGUGGACAGCAGGCAGAGGUUCUGGACGGACCCCCUGGUUGCCCUGCCUCCGAGGCCACCUUCCAGGGACAUGCGGAUGCCAGAAGGCUCAAGUGGCCACAGAAGGCUCAAGUGGACAGGAGGGUAGCAACCAGAACCCCAGGGCCCAUAUGUGCCUCCCCCACCUGUGACAGGCCUUCUGGUCACACUGCUCUGAAUACCAGGAAGGAGGAAGGCCACCUCUCAUAUUCACAGGGCCACUGAAGCUGAAUGAGGGGAAGAAGGAGGCUGUCCAGGAUCCCAGAGGGACUUCCAGCUGCCGGCCCUUCCCUGGUCACGCUCAGUCCUGUUUCCCCUGGCUUAGCUCCUCCCACUGUGGGAUGUCAGACACACUCAAGCCGCUCCCCUUUCUCCCUAGAUGCCCUGUAAUCUCAACUCUAACCUGUCUCUCUUCCUACCACCUUUUCUCAUGCCAUAGCUAUUUCUUCUUCAUCUUUUUAAAUAUAUCUAAAAACAAAUAUAUACCAGUUAUAUGUUACAAAGCACAGUCAUAUAACCCAUAAAUUUUCCCCGACUCCAGAACUAGAAAACUAAUAGCUUGUACUACCCCACGUUCCCCCAGUCUCAUUUCCCACUCAUCCCUGUAUCCUUGGAGGAACCAUGCCUUCUUUUUUUUUUUUUAAGUAUUAUCAUAUGUGUAUUCCCAAAGAAUAUGUCAUUUUUUGCUUAUUUGUCAAUGGUGUAACUGGUGUCAUACUGUAUAGUCUACUGAGUUGCUUUAUAUGCCUCCAGAAUUUUUCCAUGUUGUUGCAGGUAGCUGUUGUGCCUUAGUUUUCACUGAUGUAUCAAAUCUGUUGUAUGUGACUGAACUGCAAUGUAAAUAUCUGUUCCCCUGUUGAUGGACAUUUGGGUUGUUUCCAGUGCCCCUGACCAUCCCCUUGUGCCCCCUCCUCACCUGAUAGCCACCUCCCAGCUGUGCUCCCAGGUGCUGCCCACUGACCCUCCUCUCCCUAUUCCAUGGCCCCGGCCAUAUCCACACAACCACAGCUUCCCCAGUCUCUGUCUUCUGCUCUCUUGUGAGCUCCAGACUAUACAAAAGGCGUAAUUAUUUAUUGAGCAUUUACUCCGUGCCAAGCAAUAUUUUCAACAUUGUAUAUAUUUUAUUUCAUUGAAUAUGGCAGCAACACAAAUGGUAGGUAAAUAUAUUGAUAGACUCAUUUCACAAAUGAGAAAACCAAGGCCCAGAGACAUUGAGUAACUCGCCCGAGACUACACACUUCUUUUCCUUCAGGUCCCACAGACAACUCAAGCUCCUCAUGUCCACGAGAUAAAUUAUCACCUUCGUCUCCAAACCAGUUCCUCUCCCAUGCCCUGCUCUCCGUGGGGCCAUCUCCAGUGCCCAAGGCCCAAGCGAGAAACUGACAGUCAGCCGACUCCUGCCACAUCUUCACCUCCUUCAGCUCAUCCGAACCCAAGUCCUGUGGGCUUUACCUCCUAGGUAUUGAGAGUCCCUUCUCUCCCCUCACAUCCCCCAGCACUGACCCAUUAGGUGCUCCGCUGCUGCUGCUUCUGCAUUAUUGCCUCUCACCACACUCCCUUGCAGGCCCCAAUCUCCCCCUUUUCCAGCAACCUGCACACAGCUGCUCACCACGUCCCCACCUCCAGAAGAAAGCCCAGCCUCCUCUGCCCUGUCCCCUCAAACCGUCAAGUGCAGCAACCUGUCCCCUCCUCUGCUCUGUCUCCUCUUCUGGGAAGCCGUCCCUGGCCUCAGCUUCCAGGCUGGGCUCUGAGCCCCGCAGCGUCCGUGGAGCCCCUCUCCGCCACUUACUUCUUUCACCCUGUCCCCAUUAGACCACAGUCCUCAAAGGCAGAGACCCAGCCUCAUCCAGUGCAGCAGCUCCAGUGCCUAAGCAAGGCCUGCGCACAGGAGGUGCUCAAUAAUUGUUGAAAGGAUAAACACAAGCAAUGACAGGAACCAUGGGUGACACUGCCUUCUGAGUCCCAGAAAACAGGAUGAUUCCUUCCUGACCCCAGAGUUGGGGGAUCCUGGCUGCCCCACCUCCACCCAACCUCUGGGCCUGUCCCCCAGAACCUCAUGAGGCCGUUUCCUAUCUCUACAAACACUGUUUGGAAGGAUUUCCCUCUCUGCAUCUUCCUUCCUAAAUUCCUUAAUGUGGGAGAGCUCUGGCACCAGGAAAAAGGAAGGGAAGUCUGACCCCUUACCUACUUUCAAUCUACAUCAGGCACUUUCAAGGGUGGGGUGUAGUUUUUCCCCCAAGGGAGAGAAAAUUAAUUCUUGGAAGGGGGAGGUUGAAAAAAACUAUUUUUGUAUAAAGCACAGAUAGACAUAAAGUACAUAACCAGAUAAUACAGAUCUUUAAUGUUAAAAUAUCAUAUAAUUAAGAAAAAAUAUGUAAAAGACUUCUGGGAGGGGAGCAAUAAUGGAAGAAAGGCUGAGAAACCAUCCUCACACUUGAGCCUUGUCUUGUCUGACCCAAGGACUGGCCAAAACUU